UAAACUAUCAUCAUAUCUACCAAUAAACUGAAAGGCGAAAUCGAUAUUGAUUUUCAAUAUCUAUACAAACAUUUGUUCAGGACUAACGUCAUUUUUUUAAGUGGAAACUUAAGUACAACAGACUAUUCAUCUAAAGUAAUGUAAGAGUAAAUGUACGUUACUCAUAAACUCUACACGGAAUUAAGUCUUUAGAUAAAUCAUAUUAAGUGUUUUCAGAAACCUGAAACAUUGUUGCAUAAAAUAUGGCUGAGGGAGGUGGAGAAGGCUAUGAAACACUCGAAGGAAUAGGUGGAGACAUUGAGGUGUGGGAUAAACGCACAUUAAAAGAAAAACUUUUGGAUGUCAAUGAAGGUGGGGUACACAAAGGUAAACAAUACAUCUACCCACUCUGGAAGACCUUGCUAAAUAAAUGGUUCAGUUAUAAAAACUCAAAAGUUUACAUCGUCACUCCCUUCCUAGACGAACAACGCAUGCAAGACGUCUGCAGAAUAAUAUUGCUUAACGAAGCAGAUGAACAACUUACUAACUUCUAUGUUAGAGAAAAGUGCAACUUUAGUAAGUCAAUAUCAGAAUUACAAGAGACUGUUUCAGGAGAAAUAGAGUUGGAUGAUAAACGUCAAAAAACGCAAAAAAGGCUAAAGAAAAUCUUUGAGAGGAUCAUUGAUCCGGGGAAAACGUUCCAUGCAAAAUUUAUGUGUUGCGUCCGUGGUUCUAAAGCUGACGUUUUCAUCACAAGUGCGAACUUCCAUGGGUCCCACUUCGACUGCAAUAAUUUGGACACUGUGCAGUACAUAACGAUGACAAAAAAGAUUUUUGAGGAAAGAUUUUUACAACCACUGACUAGUUGAUAUAUCUUAGAACAUUUACAUGUAUUAUAUUAUACCUAUUUCAAUCAUUAUGUAUUCACAGUCUUUUAGCUGUAGCCUGAACCAAAUUUUACUGACAUAAUUCUGUAAAAGUGGAAGAGUAUAUCAACAUAUCAGAUAUCAAAAAGUGAACUACUGCAAAUCGUUUAGUUCUAGUAUUUGUUGAUGAAUUAAUUUAAAUCAGAAGGACUGAACAUAGAACAAUUUUACUAUAGCAAAAAUAUUCCUCAAAAGCAAAAUCUUAUUACUUGAUUACCAAGGCUGAUCAUGGCAAAAACAUUUAAAACUGAUACCAUUUUCAUGGAUUUGUGUGAUAAUGAUAUUAUAGUCAAGUAAUAUUUUACAACUGUUGGCAGAACUUUAGGUUCACCAAUUCUAUUUUGUUAUAUUUAUAUUAUUCUUUCUUUAUACAUGUAUAUACAUUUUGUAUCUUGCCAAAAUAGAUAAUGUAAUAGAAAAUGAUUUUUGUUCACCAAUUCUUUCACAGUGGUAUAGCCUAAUAUAAUGUAUGUUUGCUGAAUAUUUGCUGCAUCCAACUCCUAAUACAGUACACGCACCUUUGAUGGUGUCAUGACUACUUAAGUGAAAGACCUGGAUGCUUUAGGUA